GAGGCCGAGCUGGAGGGGCGGUGCCGAAAAUGGGUCACAUGGGCGAGCCCACUAUAGAGAACAUUUAGUUCUUGACGAUCCCGCAGUCACACACAACAAGGAGUUCCUCCGGUGCGCACGUACGUCCAUCGCUCUCUCUCUUAUCUCAGAGACUCUUUAUUUUUAUUAUUAUUAUUAUCAUUUGGACCGGACCUGCAGGUUGAUCCACCCUCUCUGAUAUGAUCCUCGGUACCGCGGUUCAACUCAUCCAACACCACCGUGAAGAAGUUUAACCACCGCAGCUGUUUGUGUGUUUGUGACAGUUGAGUUCAGUUAAAAAGCCUGAGGGAGAUUUUUUCCGGAGAUGCCUGAGGACAUCGGGACAGCCAAGCCUGGAGGUGUCAUCGCCUACAUCUCCUCUGGCUCUGGCUCCAGCCCAGACUCCUGCAUGAGCACCAGCACCGGCUCCAGCAGCAGCGGCGGCGGCUACCUGUCGACAUCGCCGACCCUCUCCCGCCCGUCGCUGCCCAGCAGGGCCGUGGGCAUGUUGGUGGAUAUCUCUCCGUCGGUGAAGAACGGCCACCAGCGCGGCCACAGCAUGGAGAAGGCGGGACGCUCGUCCACGUCUGCCAAGAGCAGCAUUACCAAAAUCAACGGCAUGGUGCUGUUGUGUAAGGUGUGUGGAGAUGUCGCCUCGGGCUUCCACUACGGCGUCCAUGCAUGCGAGGGCUGCAAGGGCUUCUUCCGGAGAAGCAUCCAGCAGAACAUCCAGUACAAGAAGUGUCUUAAGAUGGAGAACUGCACCAUCAUGAGGAUCAACAGGAACCGCUGCCAGCAGUGUCGGUUCAAGAAAUGUCUGGCCGUCGGCAUGUCCAGAGAUGCUGUCCGAUUUGGCCGCAUCCCAAAGCGGGAAAAGCAGCGGAUGCUCCUGGAGAUGCAGAACGCCAUGAACAACAUGAUGAGCAACAACAGCCAGCUGCACAGCAUGCUGCACGGCCACCAGAGCCCGUCACUGCCCAUGGAGGCCAUGACCAGCGACGCCAGCUCCUCGGCCUCCUCCUCUUCCUCCUCUGCUUCCGAUUCCCCGUCGUGCUCAAACCCUUCCUCCCCACAAUGCCCCCAGGACUCCGAGUCUGUGGUUUCCAUGGACACCAACACCAGCUCGCCCUCCUCCUGCGCGUCGGACAGCGGCGAGGACGAGGCCGUCGUCAUGAUGGGCAGGCGGCACCAAGAUGCCUUCGCGUUUGGCCAGCAGCAGAGGUCACAGAGGCAGGGCCAGGCCUCGCCGUCGCCGGUUACCGUCGCCCUGGAGACGGGAUGCGACAGCCGCAUGGAGGAGCAGCAGGAGAGCUGGAACUGCUGGAACAACAAUGUGGUUGUGGGGGGUUACCAGCACGGCUCUCACAGUAACGGCCAACACGUCACCAACACUGCUUACAGAGAGGAGAGAGUUUACCAGCCGCAGCCUCAGCAGCAGCUCGGCAGCGCCCCUAGCUGUGAACCAUCAGACGACAGCCAAAGACAGCAUGGAUUGAACACACAAACUGCCUCAAGUGGUUACAAUGGACCAACCAACUGUAUGAGUCACAGAGCGCACCUGGUCUGCCCCAUGAACACGUCGCCGUACGUGGACCCUCGUAAACCGAGCCAGGAGAUCUGGGAGGAGUUCUCCAUGAGCUUCACCCCCGCCGUGCGGGAGGUGGUCGACUUCGCCAAGAGGAUCCCGGGCUUCCGCGACCUCCCCGAGCACGACCAAGUCAGCCUGCUGAAAGCCGGAACCUUCGAGGUGCUGAUGGUCCGAUUCGCCUCUCUGUUCAACGUGGCGGAGCGGACGGUGACCUUCCUGAGCGGCAAACGCUACAGCCUCGACACGCUGCGGUCGCUGGGCGCCGGCGAGCUGCUCAACUCCAUGUGCGAAUUCAGCGAAAAGCUGGCGGCGCUGCGACUCGACUCCGACGAAAUGAGCCUCUUCACCGCCGUGGUGCUCGUCUCAGCCGAUCGCUCAGGGAUCCAGGACCUAAACUCAGUCGAGGCCCUGCAGGACAAACUGAUCCGAGCACUGCGAAACCUGGUGAUGCAGAACCACGGCGACGAGUCCGCCACCACCUUCACCAAGCUGCUGCUCAAGCUUCCCGAGCUGCGUUCACUCAACAACAUGCACUCAGAGGAACUGCUCUCCUUCAAAGUUCACCCUUGAAAAGCUUCCUGAAGAGAGGUACACCUGUACCCCUCCACCUUAUCCACACAUCUCCACCUCCACCAGGACCUGCCUCUUUACUGUCCCCCCUCGUUCUCUGUAUUCGACCAACCCAGUUGCGUGUUUGUUUCUAGAAUGUAUUAAAAGUUAUUUUUUAUUCUAUUUUUGUUAAGUAGACCACGUGCGGUCUAAAGAGAGAGAGAGAGAGAAAUAUAAAACUGUACUGUAUUUAUAGAAGAGAUAGCUUACGCUUGUUGCACACAAACACACGCGAGUGCACGCGUGUGUGAGGUUUUUAGUCUUUGCAAAGUUGGAGGCGCUUUUCUAUUUUGAGAGAAAUAUGAGUACCAAACUGGCUUUAUGAUUCAGAGUAGGAAAAAAAAUAAAUAAAAAAUUAGUCGAUCCGAAAGCCAUUCGAUUCCAAAGUGUAUUCUCUGACGAGCGGGUGAAUGUGGGACACAGUAUAUUUACCGUACAUACUGCAUGUUUGUUUUGGUCCAAUAAUUUGACUGAUGCGCGUCAACAAGAAAGGCAAGCUAUCAGAAAAAAAAACGUAUUGAAGAAUGUGUGACGAUUGCUGCUAAUGCAUGGCUGUACUUAAUGCGAACAACUAUUGGAUCUUCUCCCCUCGCCUCAGAAAGCAUCAGUUCAUUGUAUCAGUGUGUAUAGUGUUGUUGUUGUUGUUGUUGUUGUUGUUGUUUUUUUUAAUUUAAUUUCUUUUUCUACGUUGUUCAAAUCGAUGUCAACCUGCCUGCACACUGUCUGGUGGUUUCUGGGGGAGUCGAUGACGCCGUUUUUCAGCAACACUACAUUUUGCACAUGUUCUGGAGCAGAAGAAAAAAAAACAAGUUAACACAAAAUCCACAGUGACGCGGCGUCGCGUGAAGGCUACGCGCAAAACGUAGUCGCGCACAAGUGUUUCUGCUGUUUCUGCUGACAUGAUGUUCUUCUUUUUUUUUUCGUCGUUGGUUUUAUUUUUUUAAAUCAAACUAUGUGUGCUUUCAGCAUCGCACUGAAUUGACACUUGUUUUUGUUAUCCAUUUCGUUGAAAUAUCAGUUUCUUUGACUGGCAACACUGCCAUCUGUAAAUAAAUAUAUAAAUAUAUAUAUAAAUAUAUAAAUAUCUGAUGAACAAAGAGAAUAAAUAUGAUAUAGUAUGAAUAAAUACAAGUGAAGAGUA